CGAUGGCGGCGGGGCUGUCGGUUCGGUCCGGGCCGCUCGAGCUCUUCGUCCGGGACCGCGGGUGGCUCCGGGUGGCGGCCGAGCUGCGAGCUGAUGGCUUGAAGCUGACCAGCGAGGACUCGGAGAAUGGGGACUGGGACGGUCUGUCCAACGGUUCCCCGCGGCCACGGAGCUCCAGCCCGGGUCCAGUCCACAUGAGCCCGGCGGGGCCUGGACCCGGGAGCUCGGGCCGAGGGGCCGCGGAUCUAGUACCUCCGGAGAUCGGCAGCUGGAAACCGGGCCCGGGCCUGACCGAGCAGGUCCGUACCGUGAGGGUGGUGAAGCAGGAAGCCGGUGGCCUUGGUAUCAGCAUCAAGGGCGGCCGCGAAAACCGAAUGCCCAUCCUCAUCUCCAAGAUUUUCCGGGGCCUCGCGGCCGAGCGCACCGGCGCCUUAUUCGUGGGAGAUGCCAUCCUGACGGUGAACGGAACUGACCUCCGGGCGGCGACACACGACCAGGCCGUACAGGCCCUGAAGAAGGCUGGCAGGGAGGUGACCCUGGAGGUCACUUAUAUCCAGGAAGUGAUGCCAUACUUGAAAAAGCCCUCAUUGAUAGCAGACCUGGCAUGGGAUAGUUUACCUCCUCAUUCUCCAUGUCUAGGAGCUGCUGGUUCCAGUUCUCCAAAUCACAGUGCCAAAGACAGCAAGAUUUUUCCGCUGAAGAUGUGCUACAUCACAAGGAGUCUGAGCAUGCCCAAUCCAGAGAGCAGGUUAUUUGAACUGCACUCCCCUGAUGGCAGACAUGUAAUCAUUCUGCGGAGCAAGGAUGCUGUUGCUACACAUGCUUGGUUCACAGCCAUUCACACGACUAUCACGGCGCUGAUCCCUCAGGCACUGUUGGACCUGAAUGGGCUGCUUAACCCAAGUGGCAGGGCCAUACAGCAUAUUGGCUGGCUGGCUGAGCAGCAGAAGGUUGAAGGUGGAAGGCAGCACUGGAAGCCGGUGGUGGUCGUCCUUACUGAUAAAGACAUGCUGCUUUACGACAGCGUCCCAUGGAACAGAGACCUGUGGUCAUCGCCCACUCAGAGUCACCCACUGCUAGCAACCAGGUUGGUUCACUCGGGGUCAGCACGAGGAUCCCCAAGCAUUAGUUCCGAUCUAUCAUUUGUGACAAGAACUGGGUCACGACAAGGCAUUGAAAUGCAUGUUUUCCGUGUGGAGACUCACCGGGAUCUGUCAACAUGGACACGGAUGCUUGUCCAAGGCUGCCAUAGUGCUUCGGAGCUGAUUAAAGAGGUGACGUUGGCAGGGUGUACUUGGAAUGGACAGGACGUAAAACUGGUCAUUCAUUAUGAAAGUGGUUUUGUGAUGUCCCACAACAACUCGGCUGGAGGCUCAUCCAGCCCCCUUUUCCAGUAUCCAUUUGAAAGAUUGAAAAUGUCGGCUGAUGAUGGGAUCAGGAUGCUUUAUUUGGACUUUGGGGGGCCAGAAGGAGAGCUGCAUCUGGAUUUGCAUUCGUGUCCGAAGCCUGCUGUCUUUGUUAUACAUUCAUUUCUCUCAGCCAAAGUGACCCGGAUGGGACUGCUAGUGUGAAGAAUGAAGUGCCAGAAAAAAUCUUUGGAUUCAUGCAUUCAUCAAAACCAAAGACCAUUGCUGCAUCUUGGAAAAUGUAACCUGCAAAAGCAAAAAGAUCAGGCCUGGUGGGAGGCCAGAGCUCUCGUUAGAAUGGGAAGAAUCUAAUGUAUGUUAUUCAGCGUCACAUUGUGGAGCAGAGAUCUCCCAAUAUUGCUGUUUGUUGCCAAAUGUGCCUUUUUAUUAUUCUGGAACUUCACAAUUUUUUGAUUGUUUUUAUGUGAAGAUAACAGUUUUAACUUUGGAGCAUAUAGUUUUGUAAUUUGAUUUAAAAGAUCUUGGUAACAAAUGAUGCUAGCUGGUUCUGGUGUUAUUCCUGUAAUUGGUGUAAUAUCUUCCAAUUCUGGGGCAGCAUCCCCCCCACUUUUGCAGUUGGAACAGGAGGAAUAAAAUGAGCACAGUAUUGUCACUUAAACCAGCAAACUAGGUAAGUGACCUGAAACUGUUCCUUUAAUUAUGUUAUUCUAAAACUUUGUGCUAAAGUACUGUACAUAUCUAUGCUUGCAGCAGGCCAGUGCCACUGGGAGGGAAGGUCUUUUGGAUAAUUCUUAAACUUUGAUUCUUUAGCUUAGUUUCAGCAUGCUGCAAAUGUUGUUUAGCAGCUUCAGGACCCAGUUGUUAUGAAAUCUAGAUGUAAUGUGAACUGGUUGGUCAGCUGACUGAGAGGACAUAAACAUCCAAAUGAACUUUGUUUUUAUCUACACAUUGAGUAAAACAGUGAAAUUACUCAGGCAGCCUUGAGCCUCCAUGUGGUCCUCAGUGUUUCCUUACAUUUCCAUCCAUAGAACUGUGAAGGGCUUAUGCUCGAAACGUCGAAUUCUCUAUUCCUGAGAUGCUGCCUAACCUGCUGUGCUUUGACCAGCAACACAUUUGCAGCUGUGAUCUCCAGCAUCUGCAGACCUCAUUUUUUACUCUCUGUACUGCCACACUGUAGAAGGCAUGGUCUCAUCAGUCCGCUGCCCAAUUUUGGCCAUUGAAAAUGAAUAUCAUGGGAGAGACAUGAAACCAGUUGUGCAGGCUGUUCUGCCCACUGGGUUGGACGAGAAAGCCUUACACCCAUUUUAAAAAAAAAAAGACCCACAUCUGCAACACUAUUAAUAUCUUCUACAAACUUCCCCUCCUUUUCUGACUACAAUCUCUGCCUGUGACAAGCUCUUUGCCAUGGUGUGGAUGGCCAGUAGCUGCUUUUCCACAAUACCAAAUAUUGAUGGGUCAAAGAUGUAAAUAGUAUCUAUGAUAUAAUGGUAACCCUCCCCACCUAGUGGGCGGCACGGUGGCUCAGUGGUUAGCACUGCUGCCUCACAGUGCCAGAGACCUGAGUUCAAUUCCAGCCUCAGGCAACUGUCUGUGUGGAGUUAGCACAUUCUCCCCUUGUCUGCAUGGGUUUCUUCUGGGUGCUCUGGUUUCCUCCCACACUGCAAAGAUGUGCAGAUUAGGUGAAUUGGCCAUGCUAAAUUGCCCAUAGUGUUAGGUGCAUUAGUCAGGGAUACAUAUAGGGUAGGGGAAUGGGUCUGGGUGGGUUACUCUUCAGAAGGUUGGUGUGGACUUGUUGGGCCAAAGGGCCUGUUUCCAUACCGAAGGGAAUCUAAUCAUUCUUCCUGUGUCUGCUCCAAUUUUCUCCCACAGUCCAACAACGUGCAUGUUGGGUGAAUUGGCCAUGCUAAAUUGCCCAUAGUGUUCACAGGUGUGCAGGCUCAUGGAUAAGCCAUGGGAAAUGUGGAGUUACAGGGAUAAAGUAGCAGGGUGGAUCUGGCUGCGAUGCUCUUCAGAGGUCGAUGUGGACCUGAUUGUCCGAAUGGCCAGUUUUCACACUGUAGAGAUUCUAUUCUAUGAAUGUGAAAUAGUUCUGUGCUUGAGGCUGUCUGUAAGCGAGGACUGUUUAUAAUUGAGGGACAUUGAAUCUGUGUACAAUGUCUUGGCCCAGUGGAAGAAGAGCCUGGUGCUGUGUCACUGAAUGUAUUGGAAUGAAACUUUUGAAUCCUGCUGUAUGCUUUCAGAUAUAUUUGUGCUUUUUAUAAAUAGCACUGCAGAAUCAAGAUUAAAUGGACUGAAUGGUUGAGUUCUGUAAUCUAAAGGUUCUAUUUCUAAAGGAAGAAUUUUGAAUCCAAUCUUGAGCUCAUAUUACUCAGUUUUUUUUAACUGAAACUAAAUGGCAAGUUAUGCUGACUACUGGAGACUUAAGGGUUGUACAUUCUGUACAUAAUGCUGGAUCCUAAGAAAUUGCAUCCAUACUUGGUUUUCUGACCAUUUUUUAAGCCAUUUUGUAGAAUAUGCAAGUCUGCAGGUUUAGCAAUUCAGCUACAAUUCAAGUUCUUAAAUCCUGACUGUGCACCAUAAGACAUAGAAGCAGAAAUUAGGCCAAUCAGUCCAGCAAGUCUGCUCUGCCAUUCAACCAUGGCUGAUAGGUUUCUCCACCUCAAUUUCCUGCUUUCUCCCGGUAUCCUUUGAUCCCUUUGGCAAUCAAGAACUUAUCUAUCUAUCUAUCUUUUUUUAAAUAUGUUCAAUGACCUGGCCUCCCCAGCCUUUUGUGACAAUGAAUUCCACAGAUUCAACACUUUCUAGCUGAAGAAGUUUCUCCUUAUCCAUUCUAAAGGGUCUUCCCUUUACUCUAAGGCUGUGCCCUCAGGUCCUCUUCUCUCCUGUCAAUGGAAGGAUCUUCCCAAUGUCCACUCUGUCCAGGCCAUUCCGUAUUCAGUUAGUUUCAAUCAGAUUCCCGUUCCCCUUUCCCUUCCCAAUCCAUCUAAACAGUAUUCAGUAUCGUCUGAGUCCUCAAACGUUCCUUAUAUGUUAAGCAACUCAAUUACCAUCCAGUAUUACAGUAAAGGCCAUGGGAGCCUGAAGACAGGUUGGGUGUUCUCUUUGGACAAUGGGAUAGAACCCAAGGAUGGGUAGGGAGAGGGUGGGAGAGUACAUAUCUAUGGAAUUGCUUGAGGAUCUUUUAACAAAGUCAUUUGAUUCUGUAAGAAAGACCAGUUUUGCCAUUUUACUUGCAAAAUUGAACUUGAAGAAUAUUUACCCUGACUGAUCUCUCCAUAUUUUUGGAUUCAGUGGACUGGGAGUAUGAAUGAGUCACAUUCAAGUUGCAUACUUUCUCUUGCAUGUUACGCUAUGUCCAAUGCACAUGAGUAGUUUUUAAAGUCUAGUUUACAUACUUAAUGGGGAAAAUCUAUUUUAGAUUUGCUGCUUGAUUGCACUAAGCGUUUACCCUGAUUUUUGUUCAUUUUAAAUUUGCAGUAUUCUUAGUAGAAUUGGAAGAAAACAUAGGGUCUGAUCUUUCAUUGAAAAAAUAAGCCUAAUAUUGAAUGUAAAUUCCAACCUGUUCCCAGGUAGAAGCCUCCAGAUCGCAUCCUCAAUCUAGCACCUUCCAGUACAAGGGCUGAUUUGUAUCAUGGUUAACACUACAAAAACACUGCACUUUACACAUCUCCUGAUCUGCAACUCAUGCUCAAACUGUUCAUUACUGUCAUUGAACAAUUUGAUUUCUUCUUGUCCAAUCACCUGUUGCUUAGGUAACUAAACUAAAAGCUCAGUGGCAAAACUAAGUAGCUGAAAAUGUGUUACUGGAAAAGCGUAGCAGGUCAGGCAGCAUCCAAGGAGCAGGAGAAUCGACGUUUCGGGUAUGAGCCCUUCUUCAGGAAUGAUCUGCGCUUUCCCAGCAACACAUUUUCAGCUCUGAUCUCCAGCAUCUGCAGUCCUCACUUUCUCCUGGCAAAACUAAGUAGAUCUGGCAACUUCUAUGAAGAAAGAAACAGUUAACAAAAAUUCUGAAGAGUCAUUUUGGACUCAACGUUAACUGUUUUCCUGCAGAAGCUGCCAGGGUUGUUUUUCCUACUAUUUUCUUCUUUCUCAUCAAUAUUUGCAGCAUCUGCAAUAUUUUGCUUUUAUUACUCAGGUAACUAACCCAGCCUCACUUGUACUGUUUGCUGUAGAAAUUGAGCUCAAGCCAAUAGAUUUGCAAAAUAGCAAUUUUCAGUUGAGAGCGUAAACUACUACUUUGAAAUGUGUUCAUUGUAAAUGAAUAUAUCAGCAAGCGUACAUUGCUGAAUGGAUAAAGACAACCAGAUCCCUGUGCGCUGGCAAAGUAAUAACUGUCCCAAUUUGCAGCUAAACAGCACCUAUAAGGGAGCCAAAGCAUUUCAAAAACAUGUCUGGUUAGAGAGCUCGAAAUUGAACAGUAGCCCUGGGAAAAGGUUGCUUUGUCCUAACACUGUGUUUAGUCAGGUCUGUUUGAUUAAAAGCCUUCAUAUUUAAUAGAGACGUAAUCAACUCCUGAGCAUUGAGGUACAUUCUCUUAAUUGCCAGUUAAGUUCUAUUUUUGUAAUUGAUUGCUAGCAAUUCCCUUUAAUCAUUGAAAUACCAAAGUAAAUGGGUGUGAAACUCCACUGGGGCAAGCUCUCCUUGGGCAUUCACCUACUUGUAUUAUAGACAAAGGAUUGUAUCUAUACUGGAUCUGCAGUGGCAAUUCUGUGUACAUGUGUAAGAA